AUGUUACCAUCCUAUGCCAUCUUAUGUGCAGCCUCUGCUUCACUGGCUGCACUGUCGCUGGGAUUGGACGUUGGCAUGAUAUCAAGCACCCUUGUCCAACCCCGAUUCUUGGCCUAUUUCAAUAAUCCAUCGUCCUCCCAGACAGGAGGUAUUGUUGCGGCAUUUAGUGCCGGUGCAACGUUUGGAGCAUUUGGUUGCUCCUAUUUCGGAGAUCCUCUUGGCCGCGUCUGGGCACUGCGCAUUGGAGCAAUAGUCGCGGUGAUUGGAUGCGGCUUGCAAGCUGGGGCAGUAAAUGUGGCAAUGCUAGUGGUCGGCCGCCUUGUCAAUGGAUUUGGUGCUGGUCAACUCACAGCUAUCUUCCCCGUUUACGCCUCCGAGGUAGCUCCCCCGAAAAUUAGGGGCGCCUUUGGGGGCCUUCAAAUGCUCAUGAUUGAAACCGCCAUAUUUGUUGCAACCGCAACUGGGUAUGCUUUCGGGAUUCACUACGCUGGCGACGCCCAAUGGCGUGGACCCCUCGCUGUUCAAGCUAUUCCGCUUGCGCUUCUGAUCCCUAUUACUUUCUUCCUCCCGGAGACACCCCGUUGGCUUGUUCGGAAAGGAAAGGAAGACAAAGCCCUUCACGUCCUGAGCCGCCUAUAUAACAGCGAUAUCACAGACCAGGUUGUUCAAAAGGAAUUCGACGAGAUCAAGCGUCACAUCGAGGCAGAAGAAAUUUCAUACAAGCCUAGCUGGAAAGAGAUUGCCGCUCGCCCAACCUGGCGUCGUCGAACUCUACUCGUGAUGGCAAUACAGUCCUUCUCUCAGCUCACGGGUAUCAACUGCGUGCAAUACUAUGCUGCAUCUAUUUAUACUAAACUUGGGUUUAGCACAAGUCAAUCUCUCUUGAUUAACCUUCUUUAUGGAGCAUUUGGUCUCCUCUCUGCUGUGCUUUGGGUCUCCGUUCUGGAUCAAUUCAAGCGUGUGCGGCUGAUGAUCUUAGGAACCGCUUUCAUGGCCGCAACACUAAUCGUGCAAUCAGUCUUGUCGGCUGUCUAUCAGUCCAAAGCUCACCCUAACCCAAAUGCCCUCAGAGCUGAGGUUUCUAUGUUUUUCCUGUUCCAGCUAGCUUUUGUUGCCGUCGGGAUGCUCACGUGGCUGAUUCCACCGGAGAUGUGCCCUAUGGCAAUAAGGGCUAAGGUUAAUUCCGUUUCAGUCUCUGUCAACAACAUCAUGGGUCUCGUUGUUGCCCAAGUUGCCCCAAUUGGACUGGAGUCAAUUGGAUUCAAAUUUUUCUACGUUUUCGUCACGUUCAACAUCAUCGGUGUCGCUUUUUAUUUCUUCUUAGUACCCGAAACGUCUGGCUUGACGCUUGAAGAGAUGGACGUCAAGUUUGGGGACCAAAUUAUCGAUUUGGAUGCGGAUGAUAGGAAGAAUGCUACUAGUGUGGUGCAUCAGGAAUCGGUCUAA